UGUCAAGAGAGAGAAAAAGAGCGAGAGAAUCACAUGUGAACAGACUAAUCAAUCCACCAGCAACAUUAAAUAACUCCUAACGUCCCGCCAGCAAGAGCACAUUGAAAACACCGGGCUAAUUUUGGAGCGGGGCUGAGCGCCACUCAAUAAAUCAACCAGCUGCUCAUGCCUCUCAGAGGCAGUGGGCUGUGGCAUCAGGGGGCAGCGCAGGCGUCUGCUCAGAGCCGGAUUCUGCACGCAGGAAGAAUGUCGAGGAACGGCCAGCGACAGAACCUGGUGGUCAUCAAGGAACUUGAGCUCAUCUUGGACUCCUGCACGCUGGAACUCACACCUGUGGAUGAAGUCUGGCCCAACUUGUACAUAGGAAAUGUGGCUGUUGCACAGAACAAAAGGAGAUUACAUAAGCUUAGCAUCACUCAUGUUCUGAACGCAGCACACUCCAAGCAGGGCAGCAUCGGUGACCAGAGCUUUUAUGGGAACACGUGUGUUUACUUUGGCAUCCCAGCGGAAGACUCAGACCACUUUGACCUCAGCCAAUACUUUAAAUCUGCUACUGACUUCAUUCAUAAAGGCCUGAAAAGCAAAGAUGGGAAUGUGUUAGUCCACUGCAUCAUGGGUGUGAGUCGAUCAGCCACUUUGGUCCUGGCCUACCUCAUGCUGAGGCAUCGUUUUUCACUAAGAGAUGCUCUGAGACAGGUUGUCAAAAAACGGGCCAUUUAUCCCAACCGGAACUUCCUGACACUUCUCCUGAAGCUGGACGAAGAGCUGACUCAAAAAAGGACGCUGUGCCCUGUUCUCUGACGUCGCUCUCUCCGUUUUAAUCAGUCCUUGGUUUCUCAUGAGCUCAGCGUGCUGCACUCCAACGAAAUCACUUUAUAGAGGGGCUGUAAAUAGUGUAUUUGUGUAAACCAUAGGAAAACAUUUAGAGUCUCUAUUCUAUUUUAUUUUUUCUUUAUUUUUGCACUUUAUGAAUAUGUCGUUGUAAUUUCUAGGUCCCACAACAUGUUAUAUGUAAUUACUGUUCAUGUCUGUCAACCCAAAUAUUCUUAUCUAUUUCUAUGUUAAUCACUGAACUCCAAAAUUAAAAGAAAAGUAUCACCACACCAAGAUGCUAAUAACUAUUGAUUAAUCAGCUUGAACAUGUAUUUCUGUGUGCUCUACUUUACAUCUCGGACCAAAUAGAUAACGCUGCCUUAAUUUAUGAAUUGAACGCCCUUCUUAUGUUAAAUUAUUGUUUGUUUCUCAUUUAUUCAGCUGUUCCUUUGUUCUUUGAUGCAGUAAAAUACCUUUUAAUGAAUCCCAAUGGCAAAAUGAACAAAUAAAAUAGAUUUUACAAUUAA